CUGCUCCAUCCAUCCACCUACUCUACUCUACUCGUCCUCUUCCUCUCGACUGCCCCACGAAUCGCAGCUUCACAUGGCGGCGGCGGCGGCGGCGCACAAGGAGGAGGUGAUCGGGAAGCUCAACGUCCGCGUCAUGCGGGCCUCCAACCUCGUCAUCGCCGACCCGCUCACCAAGACCAGCGACCCCUACGUCGUCCUCUCCUACGGCUCCCAGAAAGUGAAGACCAGCGUCCAGAAGAAGAAUAUGAAUCCUGUCUGGAAUGAAGUGCUGCAGCUCUCAGUCACAAAUCCUACCAAGCCAGUAAAACUUGAAGUUUUUGAUGAGGACAAAUUCACAAGGGAUGACAGCAUGGGCGUAGCUGAGUUCAAUGUAACUGACAUCUACGAUGCUGCUAAGCUGGAUCUGAAUCAUGUAACUGACAGGGCCAUGAUCAAGACAAUCUACCCAGUUGGGGUGAACUACCUUGGCGCCGAGAGCCACGUUUCAUGGAGGGAUGGCAAGGUAGUCCAGGACAUCAUUUUGGAGCUGGCGAAGGUUGAAAGUGGCGUGAUCGUGCUGCAGCUGGAGUGGGUUCACGUCGUCCCAGGUGUUACCCUGUAAGCAGUAUCUGAUGGUUGUGGAUGGAGCUGCGGGUGCAGUUGGUCUCUGAACGUCACAUUGUAGACUAUGCGUGGAUGUUGUUUACUGAUUACAGUGUACUCCUGAUAUGUGUGCUGUUGAUUUGAAGUUUCUGUUGUUAUCUUUGUACCCGUUGUGAAGUAUCUGUGCUAGUGUUUCGUAAUAAGAAUCACCCUGCUGUGGUCACCAGGAGUCAGGUGUAAAUGAAGAAUUCAGCUUAAAUUACAAGGCAUUGGGUGGUUAUUAUGUUGCA